AAAGGAAUUGCUAACACUUCACAGCAAUACGCGAAUAAAUACUUACUUAAUGGGCCUUACAUACGCACAUACAUACGUACAUAGAAAUGGCAUGGCGGUAAUUGGCUUUUGCUUUCGUUUGUUUAUGAGUACUUUACUCGGGCGUACACGGCUAUGCUAAUGGGUAUAUAAAGAAAAUAUGCGUUGGUGGACUAUUAAUCAGAACGCAUUUGACUAUCAAAGCACAUCAAACUCGGCGAAAUACAAAUAAUUCUAGAACUCUAGAACUCUGCGAAAUUGCGAAGUGAUACUAACUUUUGAUUUGAAAUUCCGAAAUUUAACAGUGAAAUCCUUGUGUAUUAAGAACGUCAUUUCCAGAAUUGUACUAUAUUUCCAACAUGAAUUUUAAAAUAUUCUACGCACGAGCCUGCCUCACUUUACUGCUCAUUUGCGUCGGCAAUUACAUUACCGUUGCGGAUGCCAAGCCUACUGUAACAUACUUAGAUGGCUAUGUGGAUGCGAUUGAGCACGACUACAUAGUACCCUACCAACAACCGAUUACCGACUAUCAUCUGAGUCGCUUGCGUCGUGGCUACUACUACGUCGAGGACGGUUAUAUAACCGCUAUACCUGAGUCCCUCCUGUACGCAAAUAGACGCGUGGAUACCGUGUCCUCUAGCGUUAAUAGCGCAACGCCGAAUGCUGCUAAGAACAAGCGUACCGAUGGCAAGCGCAAGAAGUUAUUUGUGCCAAACUUAUUCGGUUGAGGAGGAAAUGAGUGGAAGCUGCAAAGAGAAUGAGGGAGCAUUGCGAUAAAUUUGGUGGCUCCUGCUUGUGGCUAACUUAUUUUCUCGCUGAUCUCUUUCGCUUGGCACUUUGAGAUGAUAGACUGAAGUAUAUUUUAAUAGCUUUUUUUAUUAUCAAAUAUUUUUUAAUUGUUAACAUUUAUAUUUCGUUUUGGACAAUGUUUAGUUUUAGAAGCUUAUGCACCUGAUUGUAUUAAGUUCACUUAUUCAUAGCAAUAUAUCAGCAGUAUUAUCUGUAUUAUGCAUUAUUAUUUUGGUGUAUAUUUGAAGCCAAAUUGACUUUGAUAUGUAAAAUAUCUAUUAAAUCUAAAAAUAAAAAUAUAUUAUUUACAUAUUUA